AGAGGGCACUACUUUUCAUCCCUUUUUCUUAUCAAUCUGACGAUCAAAAAAACCGUUAUGCCGUUAUGGACUUUGAUCAUCUCGCCGAGCAAGAAUCCCAACGAAUAUUCAAAAGAUGGAUCCAACACCUCGUUAAAAAUUCUUCGGAGACGCUGGUUACCAAGCUAGCCCUUCAACACCGGCCUGGUAUACCAGUUUCAACAACACGGUUCUCCCAUGGUGCCUUCAACUUUUGCUACCAAGUCGCUUACGAGGACGGAUGUCGCGUUCUGGUCCGGUUCACGGCACUGGGCCGAGCCGUGUUCCGGCACGAGAAGGUUCAGGAUGAGGUUGCCAUUAUGAGAUAUUUAGCUGAGAAUACGCCGAUACCCAUUCCCACCGUACUGGGCUCCGGGAGGUGUGCGGUUGGGCCCUACGUCGUCAUGACCCUUUUAGAGGGUAACUUGCUGUCGAGGUAUCUCAGGGAUCCGAUGAAACAGAUCGAGACGUUGAAUCUGCAUAUUUCCGAGUGUGCGUUGAAGAAGGCAUAUCGCGAUAUAGCUGAUAUCGUCCUUGAGCUGUCCAAACCGGAAUUCUCGUUCAUCGGAGCCCUGAGACAGGAUAAAUCGGGCGACUGGUCUGUACACAAAAGGCCGUUGACGUUUAAUAUGAACCGGAUAGCGCAGUUCUCCAACAUUCCGCCUAGCGCAUUUGCGGAAGACCGGUUCAGCAACGCGGCCGAUUACUUCGAAGAACUCGCCAAACAGCAUCUAUACCAUCUCGAGUACCAGCGCAAUGAUGCGGUGAUGAACGAACAAGACUGUCGAAAGAAGUAUGUGGCUCGCUGUCUGUUCCGCAGAAUAUCAAGAAAGGUGUCCAAGGAACACCGCCAUGGCCCUUUCCGGUUAUUCUGUGACGACUUCAGACCAGACAAUAUUCUGGUCGACCAAUCGAAGCUUGAGAUUAUCGGCGCUUUCGACUGGGAGUGGUCAUACGCUGCUCCUGCGGAAUUCACCCACGCUGCGCCCUGGUGGCUGCUACUCGAGCGCCCAGAAGACUGGGAAAUGAACCUCGAUCACUUCCUAGAGCGCUACAUGCCUCGACUCUCCAUAUUCCUGGAGGCACUCCGAGAGUGCGAAUCCAGGAAGAUUUGCGAGGACUCGCUCUUAGAAGAGCAAUGUCUCUCAGACGCCAUGGAAGACUCCAUGGAAAACGGGCUAUUCUGGUUUUGCCUCGCGGCAAGACACGGCGCCAUGUUUGAUGAGAUCUACUGGGCUUACCUCGACCAAAGAUAUUUCGGGCCAUUUACUACACUUGAAGACCGGAUGCGUCUCCUGAGUGAUGAAGAACGGAUGAACCUCGAUGGCUUUGUGCAGCGCAAAUUGCGGCAGUCAAGCGAGGGGACCUUGGAAACCCAUCUAAGCAUCGAUGAAAUUGCUGAGCUGUAGGCACCUGCCUACUAUAAUUUUCCAUUUUGCUGCUCUCGAGCACGAGAGCAUGCGUGUAUUACUACUUUACUCUGUAUAUUAGCAUGUCUCUACUCAUACCCAGAUUGAUACCAAGCGAUACUUAAUAUAUUUCGGGAAUUUUGUCACCUGCGAACCCCAUU